AUGGUGUUGAAAAGAUUUUUUCGCUGCAGUCUACCCUCUCUUGCAGCAGAUUUGGCUGCGAGCACAUUCUCCACUAAUGUCGGUAGUAUUGUCAAAUUCGUUUUGAAACACGCAAAAUCUGGAGACAAACUCAUGCUUACAAUCGUGGAGGUAUUCUUGCAAUGUAAAUCCAAUCCCAGUCGCAGUCGAGUCUGGGAUGCUUGGCUGACUGAUACUGGUAAGAGGUUACAUGUGGCUCGAGUAUUGUCUUGGGACCUAUUCAACAUGGAUGUGCCUGCUUACUAUCUUGAUGCUGACCGAGCAACUCUCCUGGCGUCAAAGCGCUUUUACGAAAACGAAUGGGAUGACGAUUUUGCGUUGCGAUCCCCGAAGCCAAGAAGGGAACGCCGACCUAAGCAUAACCCUGUUCUUGAGGAGGAUAUUAUAGAAGAGGAAGAAGAGAAUGUUAAUGACAAUGAUGAAAGCCGCGAGAAUGUCGAUCCACAAGUGGAUAGUGAUCUUCCGGCCGUGCAAGAGCUGAAUGAGAAGAAUGCCAUAGCCGAAGAGUGGUCAUUGUACAUAGAGAGUGAAGACGGUGAAAGGAUGAAAGCAGUUGGGAACAAAUUGGUGGCUUACGAGACAUACACAGGUCACAAGGCCACAGCGCACUUAUUCCCAAAACGAGAAAAGACACCUCCACCAUCUGAAGAAGAGGUUAAGGCUCUGGAUCGCGCGAGGUGCGAUUCUUAUUGGGCCCACGUAGAUAGAUUCCUCGGUCCAGUAAAGAAGAAAAGUUUCAUCCUUGACGCCCUUGGCCUACACCGCGACCAACUUCUGCGGACGCCAGACGAGCAUAAACGGAAUCCAAAUAAGUGA